GUCGGAUAUGCUGGAGAUGCGUGCGACGAAUGCGCUGAGGGCUUCUUUAAGAAUGGUCCACUCUGUCACCAGUGCUAUUGCACCGGCAAGACAAAGGCGUGUCUUGCUUCAGCGGAACACUUCUUCUGGAACGUAACACUGGAAAACCCGUAUGAUCACGAGCUCACUUUCCGGUUGGCCCGGCGCACUCCAUAUGGAGGACUGGAACCGCUUGGACCCCUGAACAUUGAUGGCAAACCGAUGCUGGAGCGCCUUAAAAUUUACCGCCUGGGCGACAUGGAGAGGCCAGAGGAGUCCGUUGUGAUACGCCAGCCACCACUUGAUCGGGGAGUUUUUAAUCUUAUGGUACAAAUCCAGCCAGACUCAGGCAAGGAAGCGAGUGAUGAAAACGAGCCAAGCAUACCAAUCUACGUAAGUAAGGAUACAUGA